AUGAAGAACAAAAACCAAAAAUUCAGAAAUUUACUCACUAUCCCAAUAAAUAUGAUAUAUCUCCUUACUUUUUUAUUCUUUUUUGCUUGUGGUAUAAUUUGUGGUAUUACUUUCAAUCAUUAUUUCAAUAACUAUAAUGUCAACUUAUUCCAAGUUAUAAAUGGCCAAUUUUUAAAUUGUUCUUCUUUAAAUCCACAACCAUUAUCACCACCACCAUUACCACGAUCAGUACUAUUAUCACCACCACCAUUACCACCAUCACCACCAUCACCGCGAUCGAUAAUUCCUCAAUUAGGGUUGAAAGAGUAUAUUAAGCCAAUUAAUGUUGAACAUGAUAUGAGUGAUGAAGAGUUGUUAUGGAGAAGUUCAAUGGUGCCAAAAGUUAAAGAGUUACCAUUUAAAAUACAGCCAAAAGUGGCUUUCAUGUUUUUAACAAAAGGGCCAGUUUUGUUAUCACCACUUUGGGAGCUAUUUUUUAAAGGACAUGAAGGAUUUUAUUCAAUUUAUGUUCAUUCUCAUCCUUCUUAUAAUAAUUCAAAUGUUGAUGAAAGUAUUAUUUUUCAUGGAAGAAGAAUUCCAAGUAAAGAAGUUGAUUGGGGCAAAGUUAAUAUGGUCGAGGCUGAAAAAAGAUUACUAGCUAAUGCUCUUCUCGAUAUCUCUAACCAAAGAUUUGUUCUUCUCUCCGAGGCAUGCAUUCCGUUAUUCAAUUUCUCUACUAUCUACACUCACCUAAUAAACUCCAACGAAAAUUUCGUUGAGACGUAUGACCUGCCCGGCCCAACGGGCCGGGGUAGGUACCGCUCGCAGAUGAGCCCGACGAUCAGACAUCCUCAAUGGAGGAAAGGGUCUCAAUGGUUUCAAAUUGAUAGGGAUCUCGCCUUGGAGGUUGUCUCAGACAAGAAAUAUUUCUCGGUUUUUCAAAAACACUGCAUGCGCCCGUGCUACGCCGAUGAACACUACCUACCAACGUUCGUGGACAUGAAAUUCAAGAAUGGGAAUUCGGGCCGGACCUUGACUUGGGUUGACUGGUCGAAAGGCGGGCCCCACCCGGCCCGAUUUAAUAGACUAGAUAUAACUAAUGAGUUCUUGAACAAGUUGAGGAAUGAAAGUAGUUGCAAGUAUAAUGGUAAGAAGACAAGUAUUUGUCACUUAUUUGCAAGGAAAUUUACUCCACAUGCCUUGAGUAGACUCUUGAUGUUUGCACCAAAGAUUAUGCAAUUCAACCAUUAG